AAUUCUGCGUCACAUUGUGUGCGCUUCAUGGAUGAGCGAGUGACAGGCAGGAGUUAAACCUCAAAUGCUAUUUCUAAAUAAAUAGUUGCUAUAGGUAAAAGAAGGCUUUAAAAUGCCUAUGAAAGGAAGAUUUCCGAUUAGAAGGACGCUCCAAUAUCUCCAAAAAGGUAACAUUAUUUUUAAAAAUAGGGUUAAGAUCAUGACAGUCAACUAUAACACAAAUGGAGAGCUAAGUGAUGGGGCAAGAAAAUUCGUGUUUUUCAACAUUCCUCAAAUUCAGUAUCAGAACCCCCGAGUCCAAAUAAUGAUGUUUAAAAACAUGACGCCUUCUCCCUUUCUGAAGUUCUACCUCGAUGAUGGUGAGCAGGUACUUGUGGAUGUGGAAGGAAAAGACCAUAAACAAAUUUCGCUGCACGUCAAGAAGAUAUUGGGCAAAUCAGAAGAUACUUUACAGGCUGAGGCAGAAGUGAAGAUGCAGGCCUCAAAUCCUGCAAAUUUUGGUCCAAAAAAGUACUGUCUUCGGGAGUGUAUAUGUGAAGUGGAGGGACAGGUGCCAUGUCCUGGGACAAAACCAUUGCCAAAAGAAAUGACAGGCAAAUAUCGAACUAAGAUGGCUGCACAGCAGGAGUAAAAUGAAUGACUGUAUUCAAAGGACAGACAAAUGCUGACUAAUGGUUUUGGCUGAGGAAAGUUUUUUUUUUUUUUUUUUGCGCCUAGCUGGUGGAAAGAACUAUAUUAAACAGUAACUAACAAUGACUUCUGUCUCCAAAAAGUACAUUAUUGCAGUCUAUCUUUUUCAGCCCCAAUACCGCUAUUGAUACUUAAGCGUUAAGUAUCUACCAAUAAACGAUAUUAACCAA